GGUGACCACACCUCCCGGGGAGCGGAGUGCGCGCCGGCAGAGAAUCGUAGGGCGCGUUCACGGGUUCGUCGCGCUGCUUUGCUGGACGCAGAAACCUGCGCGAAUUUGUCAAGGAAUCGACGAUUUGCGCCGGUGAUCUCCUCCAGAAAUCGGAGUUCAGAAGACCAUCUCGAUGCCGAGGAGUGACGCGUGGCCAAGCGACGUGACCGUGAACACGAUGGCCCACACAGACAGUGCAGGCAGCUGCAACAGUGUGGUCAGCAUCAAUUUGGGCUCCAGUGAUGACAAUCUAGCAUACCUGUCGGCAGAGGAAAGGGCUUGCCUCAUGUUCCUGGAGGAGACCAUUGAGUCCCUGGAAGCUGAAGAAGAUAGCGGCCUGUCCAACGAUAAGUCCGAACGCCCGCCUGGUGUCACGGGCAGCUUGGCUGCCAGGAUAGCUCACCUGUCAUCAGUCAUGGCCCGCGGUAGACAAGACAAUUUGCCUAAAUAUACCAAAAAAGACCCUGGAAAGGAGGUGACCAAAGAGCAAAAGCCCUUCAUGAGCAAUCGUGUGGCCACUCCAUUCGUCCUGGCGAAGGACAGCUCCAGUAUCCAGCCUAAGGGUGGAAUGAAAGUGUCACCAAAAAAUGCAAACAGCUGUAUUAAACCCCAGGCUGAUGCAGCUGAUCGCAAGCCUGAAAGCAGCCAGAAUAAGCCGAAAUCUGACUCUGCAGCGUCCAGGGGGCCGCUGUCCUACGAGGGACUUGUACAGUUACGAAAAAGCGCCUCCACAAAAAAUGCCACCACAAGCUCUUCCUCCGAAUCCAAAGCCAAGCAGUCUCCUGGUCCUGCCGCAACAGUUCAGCUACACAGCGAGAGUCUUCAUGCCCCUGCCUCACAUUCACCAAGCCAGCCCGCAGCUACUCCGCAAAAGUUAAACCCACCCGUUGUUCCUCCUAAACCGAAAUUGCUGCAGUCUAGUAUAAUUCACAAGGCUAAUAUACAAGUUGCAGGUUGCAGUACAGAUUCUGAUGAAAGCUCCCUUAGCACCUCUCCAAGUGAGAUUGUGAUGGACCCCCAAAGGGUAAGGAAUGAAGCCCUGCGUAAGCUAGGCCUUCUAAAGUCAGGUGAGGCUCCUGUUCAUCCUGUCAGAACCCGUCAGAUUUCAGAGCCAGCUCUGAUGCAUCCUGACCCAGACCUCCCUCAAAUCAUCAUUGGUAAAGCUCAGCCCACUAGCUCUCUGGGUGCCAGGGAAAUUAAAGCAGGUCCAGCAAAUCUUCAGGCAGCAGAUUCCAGUGAGAUUAAAUUGGCCGUGUUGGAACGCUCAGGGAUAGACCUGGCAAACUCAGUGGCCAGUCUCGCUUCAUCAGACCAUAGCUCCAAAGCCACACCCAAGGGACCCCCUAUAAACUUCCGCAACAGCCGGCCUCGGCCAUCCUCCCUGGGAAAUCAAAAAGACUUUGAGGGCAUCCAGGAUAGGCACUUCCCUACUGCAUCUGGGACCUCAGGGCUUCAGGAAGCAGUAAAAUCUGCACCAGUUUCCACUCACCGUCCCCAUGGGGCAAGUGUAGUGAUCAAACCACGGUGCUCAACAGGUGAAGAUCGGCAAGAGGCGCUGAGGAAGCUGGGGCUUCUGAAGAACAAAGAGUCUUGAAGGACACACUAGUCCCCAGCUUGAGCACUUGGCUGAGAGAGGGUGGGUUUCUUGUAGCCAUACCCUGGUCUUGCACAUGUUAACUAUGUAUGCAGGUAUGUUUCCAUAUGCAUAUCUGGAGUGACAAACAGGACUGAGGGCUCCAAAAUGCCUGAAAUUUUGCACAGAAAAUUUAAAGCACUAAUUUUGGUAAGAGCCUUUAGAUGCCUUUUACUUUUUCACAAGUGUAAUUGUAAAUGAUGAUAAUAAAUUGCAGUUCUUUUUGCAAACUCGUAUGUUACCCAUGGUUUCACUGACAAUAGAGAAUGGUUCUACUUGUUGUUGGACUUUAGAAGGAACUGAAGGUACUAUUCUAAUGAAGUUUAAUAUUAAACAGAUUCCAUCUUGACCGCUGCUUGGCAUUUUGGGCUUUCCUAAAACUUAUUUGGAAUUUCCUUUAGGAAAAAAACUGAUUCUGUUGAAGUUCAGCAAUUUCAGAAAUGAGAAACCCUUCUGCCAAUAAAAUGUCAGUUUAUACUUGCCUGUCUAACUGAUUAAGUUACAGGAAGGACAACUGAAUGCUGGUAAACGAAAAGGGGUGGUUGUCCUGACGAGACACAACAUGCUGUCAUCUAAUGUGUUACAACAAGUCAAUGAGUGUAAUAAGCUGGUAAAAAUUGCUCUAUGAUCUGAACUGUGGUAAGGAUUUGAAGUGUUGUGCUUCAAAUUUCUUUGAGUUAGUCAAGAAAAAGUAUCAAUAAAAUUAUAAAGAAAUAUAUCAGUGGGGAGGGGG